AGGUCUCUCAUAUUCAGUGGCCAAGGCAUCCACAGACCAGACGCUACUCUCAGCCAUAAAAAUGAGAAAACAUCUUUAUGUUUUAAUGUGUUUCUUCUUUAUUGCAUCAGGACUUGGAAAACCAUUGCAAAGCUAUGACUUCCUUCGUCAAUUGGGGAGACCUGCGUGGAUCACCCAAGAUUCAAAUCGACCCUUGGAUGAACCCAAGCUCAUCAGCUCUAUUCCCAAAAUCUCCAAAAAAUAUGUAAACGGCAUACCUGUAGAAACCGAGAAUGGACCAGCCAUCAUUUCAAUGGACAAGCUUCUACCCUAUUUACGCAAGGUUCAACCCAACAUCGACAUCAAUACUGUUGACAAAACCUCGACGGAGUGGAACAACCUGAUGUUGAAGUAUCUGUUGGCCAUGAAGAAAAAUGGCUACGACAUCCGAGAAAUGAGCAAUGGUCCCAACUUCGAGGAUGCCUCUUCUCGAGUCAGAUUUCUCAGAGUCUAUUAAAUAGGCCCCUCUUGUUUUCAAGUGAGAUGGAAGUUGAAGCCCAAUUUGUCAAGUUGUUUAAAAGAAAGCUAGUCACUCUUUGAUUUAUGGUUGAUUCAGGCGCUCGCCAGUUCAUUACACUCAUCCGUUCAAAAUGAAUAAACAAGAUGGAAACGCA